CCGGAUUCCCAGCUGCUUCACCCAGGGGUAGAAGAGAGCGGAGCUGCUCCAAAGUCAGCGCAAGCAAAGGGGGGUGCGGGGAAGGGAGGAAUACUCUCUUGGAAACGUCAUAUUGGCCUGGGCUCUCCAGCCCUUUGGCUUUUCCAAUGGGAUCUUAGAAGCAGCAGCAGUAUGGUGAAGGGCAGCAGCCUGUGACCAGCCACGAUUUGGACACCCUGCCCUGCAGCUCUUCUGGACGGAGGAUCCCAAAGCCCUGCCCUCACCGUUCACCAGCCCCUUCUUUAUUUUAUGUAAUCUUCGAUAUAGAAGCAGAAGGGCUUUUCAACAUUGGUUUAUAUGAAGUUGUAUAAAGGUCACAGUUUUUUAUCCACGUGAACACAAAUGGCUUUGUUACGAAAAAUUAAUCAGGUGUUGCUGUUCCUUCUGAUUGUGACCCUCUGUGGCAUUCUGUAUAAGAAAGUACAUAAGGGGACUGUGCUCAAGAAUGAAGCAGACGAUGACUCUGAGACUCCUGAGGAACUGGAAGAUGAGAUUCCUGUGGUGAUUUGUGCAGCAGCGGGGAGAAUGGGUGCUGCUAUGGCUGCCAUCAAUAGCAUCUACAGCAACACUGACGCCAAUAUUUUGUUCUAUGUAGUUGGGCUCCGGAACACACUAUCUCGAAUACGAAAAUGGAUCGAACAUUCUAAACUGAGAGAAAUACAUUUUAAAGUUGUGGAAUUCAACCCUAUGGUCCUCAAGGGGAAGAUCAGACCAGACUCAUCGAGGCCCGAAUUGCUCCAGCUUCUGAACUUUGUUCGAUUUUAUCUCCCUCUGCUUAUCCACCAACAUGAGAAAGUCAUCUAUGUGGAUGAUGAUGUGAUUGUACAAGGUGAUAUCCAAGAACUGUAUGACACUACCUUGGCUCUGGGCCACGCGGCUGCGUUUUCAGAUGACUGUGAUUUGCCCUCAUCUCAGAACACAGACAGACUUGUGGGGCUGCAGAACACAUAUAUGGGCUAUCUGGACUACCGGAAGAAGACUAUAAAAGACCUCGGCAUAAGCCCCAGCACUUGCUCUUUCAAUCCUGGUGUGAUUGUUGCCAACAUGACGGAAUGGAAGCACCAGCGUAUCACCAAACAAUUGGAGAAAUGGAUGCAAAAAAAUGUGGAGGAAAAUCUCUACAGCAGCUCCCUGGGAGGAGGGGUAGCCACUUCCCCAAUGCUGAUUGUGUUUCAUGGAAAAUACUCCACAAUCAACCCCCUGUGGCACAUAAGGCACCUGGGCUGGAAUCCAGAUACCAGAUAUUCGGAGCAUUUUCUGCAAGAAGCAAAACUACUCCACUGGAAUGGAAGACAUAAACCUUGGGACUUCCCCAGUGUUCACAACGAUUUAUGGGAAAGCUGGUUUGUUCCUGACCCAGCAGGGAUAUUUAAACUCAAUCAUAAUAGCUGAUGUAACUUGACAUUUUAAAUAUUUUCUGUAUAAAAAUGUGGACUCGUCCAUUUGUAGCCUACUAUAACACCAUUCUUUAUGAACAGUAUCUUUGAUAGAUAUGAUCCACAGUAUGAAAAACAAAAGCUACUUGUGCAUAUAGUACCUUGGAUCACACAGGUAUUGAUUUACUUCCUUAAGCACAAGUGAUAAUUAUGGAAAUCAAGAUUAUGUGAGUGAAAUAUGUUGUUGGAAAGAAACAAACCCAUCUGGGUUUCAGCAAUCAAUUUGCUUAACUCAAUAAUAAUUAUAUCUAAAAAUUUUUCAAAUUUAUAAAUGUACUUUUCACAUGUAGGUAUUUUUUUUAACAG